AUGCGCGUCGGUCACGGAGGCCCGGGCCGGGCCUGCUGCCUGAGGGACUUUCUGCACGCCUCGGACACAAGUGGCCCCUCAGCUUCCCCGCUGCUUCUGAAACACCGCUGUGGACCAACUGGACGGCAUUCAACUGGCGAUGCCUGCGCCUGGACGCGGGGGGCGGCCCGCGUUUCCACAAGGUAGGGGGGAGUUGAGUGGGUUUGAGAUUUGAUUAUUAUUAUUAUUGGGCUCCCGUGUAGAAGGUCGCCGCGUGCGCGCCCGCGUGCCCGCGAAUACACACACACACACACACACACACCCCGCGCGCUUGGGGCCAGAAGGGCGGCAGCAGGGGAGGAGAGCGCGCGAGCGCACACCAACGAGCGCGCCUGGCCGAGGUGAAGUGGAGCUGGGCAGCCUCAAGGCUCUAAUGAGCGUGUGCGCGCGCCUUGCCCUGAUUGGGAAUUGAGGGGAGAGAGAUGCCGCUUGACCUCUUCCCCGCUCCCCUCCCCUGCUGUCCCCGCUCCCCUCUCCCCUCCUCCACCAACUCCAGUUGUGGGAAAAGAAGAAGAGCCGGAGGCAGUGCUGAGCUGGAGACGCAGCAACUCCCCGAGUCCCUCCUUGUGAGUAGUCUCGCCUCCUCCUCCUCUGUUCCGGAGAUGGAUGGAUGGAUGGAUGGAUGGAUGGGCGGCUAGAUGGGCAGGCAGGCAAGCAAGCAAGCGUGGGGGUAACAGCAGGCUGCUUUUCCCAAUUGGAAAGCGUGUGGGAUAGGGAGGGAGGGAGAGGGGGGGUUCUUUCAGGCUGACACCCCCCUGCUCCUCCUCUUCUUCUCCACCCCCCUUUUCUCCUCCUCUUCCCACAGCCACCCCUGACCGCGCGACAUUGUCCAAACGGGAAAACUGCUGACAGGUGAAAGGGGGGUGGGAGGGAAAGUCAAUUACAUCAGGAAUCCAGCAAAGAUGAGGACUCAGCAAAAUCGAGAGAGAGAGACCAAAAGACAGACAAGGCAGGGCUGAUCUGUCGCAGCUGUGCAGCCUCUUCCCGCGACAGACUCGCUUUCCUCGCCCGCCCGGCUCCCAGCACCCGGCUUCGAUCCUGGCACGGGACAGGAGAGCUCGGAUGACGAGAUGGACGGAGGGGAGGAGGAGAAGGGUCGCCGCGGGAGGGAGGGGGGAGGCAGCGAGGGGGACGCCGGCAGCGGAUCGGUUUGGGGAACUGCCUGCUAGUCCCAGCCCAAGCUCCUCUCUUUGGAAUUCUUUCUCUUUUUUUAAAAAAAUAAUCCAUCCUCAUCCUCAUUGAUAGUGUCUAGGAAGCUGAUGCUGAGUUGAGUGAGUGAGGAGGGGCAAGAGAGAGGGAAUGACAGAGAGGAGUUGUUGUUGUCAGACAAUACCGCAAAGGACUUUGGCAGGGAUCAACAGAAGACAGUGGGGAAUGGGGUUGGGGGGGAGAAGAAGAAGAAGAAAGAGAAAGAGAAAGAGAGAGGGAGAAAGCAGGAGACGGAUGGGUCAAGCUCCCCUGCCUUUCCCGGGGUGUUGAUGAACUCUGGGGCUGCUCUGUGUGGGAGGCGAGGGAGGGGAAGCCGAGCAGACUGCGGGAGGGAGCUGGGACACCCAGCUGCAGGGAGACCAGGAACUGUUACACUGCUGCAUACAUUAAUGACUGCUCAGUGUGCCGGAGAAAUACUCCUUGGCGGUUGGUACAUGUGUGUAAACAGUCUUCUCUCUCUUCCCUCCCUGCCUCGAUAUGCUGUCCUCCCUCUCCUCUGCUCCUCUUUUCCUCCCCAAUUGUGUACUGCCCUAUCCUCUGCCUUAAUCCUCUUCUUCCCCCUCUUCUUCUUCUUCUUCCCUUCUGAUUCCUGCAUCCUUGCACUCUCUGUUUUUCUCCCACCUCUUUCUCCUUUCUGAUCCUGCUUGCCUGCCUGCCUCCUUCCUCCCCGUCUUUCUCAGGGGAUCACACUUUGCCGGGAUAUAGUUGUGUAA